AUGUCCAGUUUUGCCAUUCUUUUGACAUGGGUUUUGGAAUUGAUUUUGUGUGGGGCGAAUCUUGUAGUUGUUCUAUUUAGGGGGCUUUGUAUUGUUGAUCUUCAGUCCGAUGAGUUGGACCCCGUCACGUUUUGUCGAAGGGUCAACAAGACUAUGAUGCCAGAAAUUGGUAUUCAAAUUGUUAUUCUUUUUGUUUUAUUCCCAUCGUUUUUGCUGACUGAGAUGGUGAUUGCUCUUCCUGUUGUGAUAUAUGAUUUGUACGCUUUCUUUUCGGGCGAUUUCUGGUUUAGCCCCGUUUCCGUUUUCAAUGGAUUGAGGAGGAAAGAGAUAAUUGGAUAUAUUAAGAUUGUGUAUUAUCUCGCUUUCAUCUUUAUCAUUAUUGGAAGAAUUUUGUACUAUGUCAUUGUGACUUACACAAAUUGA